AUGCCCGAGAACCCCCUAUCCCGUUACGAAUCCUACAUAACCCGGCUCCUCGAACAAGCCGAAAUCCCCAACUUCAUCUACGGCGGCAGGGUCUGGUAUCUCCGCGGCGACACCUGCAGUACCAGAAAAAUCAGAUACCUCGCCUGGAUCAUCCCCGACGAGCUCUUCUCCAAGGCCUGCGAAGUCCUCGACGUGGCUGGCUUCCCCCGCGACAAUAAAUCCCGCUGGAAGAUGAUCAAACUGGCAGAAAGAGAUCACACUGUUCAAGUCGGGGACGCGAUCUAUUCCUGUGCGGCGGAGUUGAAGAUCCCGUAUGGGGCUCAUCUAGUUCGAAAGUCACGACUCUUGAUGAAGAUGCCGAAUCCUGGGCUGGGGCGCAUUUCGCCGUAUGAUCGGAAUUAUAUGCUCACUACGGAUGAUAGGGUCAAGAAUCAGGGAAAGGAGGAACCCCGUCUGUUGUGUUUUCGGCCGCCGGUGGUGUUCGAUUGUCAGACUGAGGAUGAUUAUCCGGUGAAGAUGAUUCGAUUUGGAGGCCCCGUAACUGUUCGGGAGCCUUUCGAUGACUUUAGUGGCUUGUGGACGUUGGAUGAAGUGUUCUGA